CGGGAGCGCGGCGGGGGCGGCGGCACCGCUCCCUCCUGCCCAUCCCCGUCCCGCUCCUCGCCCCGCUCCCGGCGGCCGCCCCGAUGCGGCGGAAGCAGAAGCGGCUGCUGCAGGCGGUGGGGCUGGCGCUGGCCGCCCUGGUGUUCUUGCCCAACGUGGGGCUGUGGUCCCUGUACCGCGAGCGGCAGCUGGAGGGCGGCGCGGCCGGCGGGGACGGGGCGGCCGCCGCGGGGGCAGCGGCGGGCGAGGCGCCGGCAUCAUACGCGAGGCAAAAGAAAGAUGCUUACUUUGCUGAUGGACAAAGAAAAAAGGACUGGCAUAACAACGAAGCUAUAAGGAGGGACUCUGAGCGUGUAGGAAAUGGAGAACAGGGAAAACCUUACCCAAUGACUGAUGCAGAGCGAGUGGACCAGGCAUACAGGGAAAAUGGCUUUAAUAUCUUUGUGAGUGAUAAAAUUUCUCUGAAUCGUUCCCUUCCAGACAUCAGACACCCAAACUGCAAAAAUAAGCUGUACCUGGAGAAGCUUCCGAACACGAGUGUGAUAAUUCCGUUCCACAACGAAGGAUGGUCCUCUCUGCUCCGGACAGUGCACAGUGUCCUCAACCGCUCCCCUCCUGAGCUGAUAGCAGAGAUAGUGCUGGUGGAUGACUUCAGUGACAGAGAACACCUGAAGAAACGCCUGGAGGAUUAUAUGGCCCAGUUCCCAAAUGUACGAAUCCUCCGAACCAAAAAGAGGGAAGGGCUGAUCAGGACUCGCAUGCUGGGGGCCUCUGUGGCCAUAGGGGACGUCAUCACCUUCCUGGAUUCCCACUGUGAGGCCAACGUGAACUGGCUGCCACCCCUGUUAGAUCGCAUUGCCCGAAACCGCAAGACCAUCGUUUGCCCUAUGAUUGAUGUUAUUGAUCACGACCACUUUGGAUAUGAGACUCAGGCUGGAGACGCAAUGCGAGGUGCAUUUGACUGGGAGAUGUACUACAAGAGGAUCCCUAUUCCUCCUGAGUUACAGAAACCUGAUCCCAGUGAUCCCUUUGAGUCUCCUGUAAUGGCUGGAGGACUGUUUGCAGUCGAUAGAAAGUGGUUCUGGGAGCUGGGAGGGUAUGAUGCAGGUCUGGAGAUAUGGGGAGGAGAGCAGUAUGAAAUAUCCUUUAAGGUAUGGAUGUGUGGAGGUCGCAUGGAGGACAUCCCUUGCUCUAGGGUUGGUCAUAUCUACAGGAAAUAUGUUCCAUACAAGGUUCCCACAGGAGUUAGCCUGGCAAGAAACCUGAAGCGGGUGGCUGAGGUGUGGAUGGAUGAGUACGCCGAGUACAUUUACCAGCGCAGACCAGAGUACCGGCACCUCUCCGCGGGGGACGUCGCGGCCCAGAAGGAGCUUCGCAACAACCUCAACUGCAAAAGCUUCAAGUGGUUCAUGAGCGAGGUCGCCUGGGACUUGCCAAAGUUCUACCCACCAGUGGAACCUCCAGCAGCCGCCUGGGGAGAGAUACGCAAUGUAGGAACUGGACUGUGUGUGGAUACUAAGCAUGGAGCCCUGGGAUCCCCACUGAGGCUGGAAAACUGCGUGAAGGACAGAGGAGAAGCAGCAUGGAACAACGUGCAGGUGUUCACCUUCAGCUGGAGAGAGGACAUCCGUCCCGGGGAUCCUCAGCACACCAAGAAGUUUUGUUUCGAUGCCAUUUCCCACAGCAGCCCUGUGACCCUCUAUGACUGUCAUGGAAUGAAGGGGAACCAGCUCUGGAGAUACCGAAAAGACAAGACUCUCUACCAUCCAGUCAGCAGCAGCUGUAUGGACUGCAGUGAGAGUGAUCGAAAAAUCUUUAUGAAUAGCUGCAAUCCUUCAUCUCCAACACAGCAGUGGAUAUUUGAACACACAAACUCAACCAUCUUGGAAAAAUUUAACAGAAAUCUUGAUCUUUAAAAGACUGAGAAAAUAUAUAUAUAUAUUUUACAAUUAUAGUUUUUACUGGGGAGGGUUACAAAAAAUUUUUUUAAGAAUACUUUUUUUUAAACAUUUAAUGAAGGUAAAAGGGAGAAUCUCAGGAGAAGGUUAACGAGCAGGCCAGUCUUUAUUGUGAAGAUGCUGCAUCCUUCUCUUCUGGGGAUGGUGGAAUUUUAAAGGCUUUGCCAGAGCCAAUUCUGUGCUGAGACUGAACAGAAACUCUGUUUUUAGAGGAGUCUGAAUGUGAUUCAAAUGGAUUUUUUUUUCCUUUGUUUUGUUUUAUUUCCCACCUGGGUCUUGUGUUAAAUGAUUUUAUUAUCCAGGACCCUCCAGGACUUUUUGUAGCUGCUAUACCACCCGCUGAAGUGUUCCCACAGCUUUAUCUUCCAAACGCCAUAUAAGUAAAAUCCUGAGACAGGAUUUAAGCCUCCUAUCAAAAAAAAAGAAAAAGCCCAUCAGUGGAAAAUGAAAUGCAUAUUUUUUU